AGCGGGGUUUUACUAGUGCCGAAGAUUAGUGUGACAUCAGAACCGUUGGUAUCAACAAAAUAGAAACGGCAUGCCUGUUUCUGAUGUUCCGGUUUACACAGCGCAUCCACACUUUUCGGAGGAGGAAGCGAGCCUUUCCGCUGCCACCGUCGACGAAAUAUGCCGCGCCUUGUCCACGGAAGCGGCAGACAGUCCGGGCGUCGUGGUCGUGAAAAACGUGUUUCCUCCUGGUUGGGUCCGGGACACACUCGGCCCCUGGAUCACCGGUUACUACGCCUCGCAUCAGACCGACAGCCCAAAGAAGGACCACUUCAGCAGUGGCAACAAGCGAAUCUGGCGUCUCCCGGAGAAACUGCCCGCCGAAAUCCUGCUGCGGCUGUUCGAUGAGAAGAGCGCACUCUGCCGCAUUCUGGACCAGUUUCUGGGACGGUUCCACAUUGGCUCCCUAGCGGUGAAUACGGUGCUGCCGAAUGGCAAGCCGCAGAAGAUGCACACGGAUUACCCGCCCGGGUUCUACGAGCCGGUGGAAAUGCAAGACCUGUUCUCGUCGCACCACCUGGAGAAAAUUCUGCCCUUCUUCAGCCUGCAGGUCGGGAUCGCUGUCACCGCAGUGACCAAAGAGAACGGGGGCACGCAGUUUGUCUGUGGCAGCCACCGGGGAAAGGGUGUCGACCACCAGCUUGCGGAGUACAGUAAUGAUAGCAUUGACGCUUCUAAGAAUUCCAGCUCAACAAAAUCCCCGCCGUUUCUGGAAGAAGCCGUAACGACGUGUCCAGAGCUGGAACCGGGUGACUGCUUGUUUUUCAACCGCAAGCUGGCGCACCGCGGUGGCGGGAACGAAACCGCGCAGGACCGGACCGUCGUGCUUCUGCAGGCUAUCAUGCCAUUCGGGGUGAAAAUGGAGGUGGUCGAUAGCGACCUUGUGAUCGACAAACUGAAGAAACAUUUUGAUGAAGAACAGAGGGACUUGGCUGGAAAGAGCACUAUUACAGCUGCUCAGGAAGGAGCUGUGGCACAUGUAGAGCUUGAAAAAACAAGAACAGUAGUUGGGGUAAAAGAUCAUGUCGUUGCAGAUGAUUCAAUUGGAACUUCAACACGUACUGCUGGUGAUGAUGGAACCACGAGAACGAUUUUGACGGAAGAAGAGAAACGUCGUUUGUACUACCGUUUCUCGGGACCGACGUUUCCGCGCGACCUAGACGUGGCUGCAGCCAGUGAAAAAAAUGCGUGA